CCAAGCCCCACCCGCAGCGCCGGCAAGCGUGGCCUGAGCUACAACGACGCUACCCUGACCCAACUCUUCUCCCUCUCCUGCGGAAGUAAAGCCUCUAAGGUCAACUGGGCCUACAACUGGUGGAGCGGCUACUAUGCCUCCGGAACACCCCAAAGCGGCCUCAGCACCGUGGUUACCUACAUCCCCAUGCUGUGGUCCGCCGCGUCCGACCUAACCAGCAUCUGGAACACCAACGUUCAAACCGCCAUUGCUGCCGGGACCGACGCUGUGCUUGCCUUCAACGAGCCUGAUGGAUGCUCUGAUGGUGGAUCGUGCAUGGACAUCCCAUCUGCGGUCGCCGGAUACAAACAGUGGAUGAACCCGCUUGCAGGUCAAGUGCGCCUAGGAGCACCAGCUGUCACGAACGGCGGAUCGCCAAUGGGGCUGACCUAUCUCUCGAACUUCCUUGGUAAUUGCACUAGCUGUCAGGUGGACUUCAUCCCGAUACACUGGUACAACGACGCGUCGCAGAUCGCGGACUUCAAGUCGCAGGUGCAGAACGCGUACUCGAUUGGAGGAGGACGGCCGUUGUGGAUUACCGAGUUUGGGUGCACGAGUGGGACGGAGGCGCAAAUUGAGACGUUCAUGAAGGCGGCGUUGACGUGGUUGGAUGGGUUGUCGUAUGUGGAGCGCUAUGCGUGGUUUAUGGAUGGGCCCGGGUAUCUGGUCAAUUCGAACGGCUCCGGGUUGAGCCCGCUGGGCUUGAUAUAUGAUACUUAUUAA